AGAGGACAGGCUUGACAGUCCUAGAGGGCAUGGGCUUCCGCGUGGGCCAGGGCCUGGCUGAGAGGCUGCCCCGAGGGGCCCUGGCCUUCAGGGAGGAGCUAGAUACCAUCAAAUUCCUUUGCCGGGAUCUGUGGGGGGCCGUGUUCCGGAAGCAGACUGACAACCUCAGGACCAACCACCAGGGGACCUACGUCUUGCAGGAUAACAACUUUCCCCUGCUCACGCAGAUGGCCUGGGGCCAGCAGUAUCUGGAAGAAACACCCAAGUUUCUCGCCUUCACCUGUGGCCUUCUUCGGGGUACCCUCAGCGCCCUGGGCAUCGAGAGCUCCGUCACGGCCAGCGUGGCCUCCCUGCCUGCCUGUAAGUUCCAGGUGGUGAUUCAGAAGGCUUGAAAGGCUCCAGGCCCAAGCGGGGUUAGGGUUAGCUGGGAGUCGCUGCUUUUUGGAGUCACCCCGUCUUCAGUUCUUGUUUCUAAUAGAAAGUUUACAGGGAUUCACAAGAGCUCUAGAAAUCAGUUAGGCAAAUGCAAUUCUCCCCAUUAUACAGAGGAAAAACUGAGGCUGGUGGAAGAGAAGGAUUCUGCUGCCAAGAAAUGUUGAGGGUCAGAGCCAAGAAGAUGGUCAAAAGGGGACAGCUGGGGCUGGAGUUUUGAGGAAGUUCAGGCCAGAACCUUGAGGCAGGAGGCCUUGAUCACAGCCUGCGUCCCUCCCAAAUGGGCCUCCACAAGGAGGUCGGGGCUUUACUGCCUCCUGGAGCAGCCCAGCUGUCAGACAGUCAGUUUUUCUGAAGUUUUCUUCCCAAAAAGCCACAGAUCUCCAUCCCGCACCCUCGCUUCUCGGUGUGCCUUCAGGGGCCUCUGUGCCAGGAUGUGGUCGGUAGCCUUUGACCGUCUGGCCUCCCUCUUCCGGACAGCCCGGCGCUCCAGAGUGGCCCAGAACCGGACUCUGGGACUCCCGGGUCACCCGCCGAGGUCAGGCAGCCGGAGUUGAGGGUUUGGGGGCGACGGGCGACGGCCCAGCUCUGGAGCUGCAUGGAUGGGGCCACGUUCUCCCCCAAUGAAUAAAGCCACGAGCUUCGGCCU